GCUCCGUCGGACGGAAGUGCCAGUAGUCGCGCCAUCGCUUCGCCGUGUUUUCGUCUCGCACCUCGCGAACCGCGCCGCGCUACCAAUUACCUCAGCACCUCUCGCACGCCGCCCGUUUUCAUCCGCUAAUCGGCCUCCUCGACUGGAAACACUUUCAGGUCGGACGGGGGCAGGAGAUAACGCGGGGAUUAAUUAGGGGGAUGCGUUGAUAUCGGGGGCACAAUGCGGGGACAAAAGGAGGUCAGAGGGGGCCCGCUACCCCGACGCCAGGGAUGACGCGGCGAUGAGGCUCUCGGCGGAUGCGGAGGCCGCCGCCGGCUAGGUGACACCCCGAGAGCGAUCGCCGGCCCCGGCUCCAGCGAGAGAGACGAGGAACGCGGAGAGACAAGGAACGCGGGACGCGGAACGAGGAGGACAGCCCAAGACGUGCUGAUUAAUCAUGUGAUAUGCCAAGCACCCCGCUAUGUCGCGUGGCAAGUUCCCGGUCGGUGGACCCGCUCGAUACCUGGUCUCCUGCCUGUGGCUCCUCUCCUCCUGCCAGCACACCUCCACGCUUCCUCCUGUCAUCAGAAUCGGCGCCAUAUUCACCCAGGAUCAGAAAGAUAGCAGCUCUGAGCUAGCUUUCAAAUACGCCGUGUACAAAAUCAACAAGGAUAAAAAUCUUCUUCCCGACACUACCCUAGUUUAUGAUGUUCAGCAUGUGCCUCGUGAUGAUAGUUUCCAUGCCUCGAAGAAAGCGUGCCGACAGAUGGAGCACGGGAUCCAAGCGCUGUUCGGGCCCUCGGACCCCCUGCUCGGGGCGCACAUCCAGUCCAUAUGCGAGGCGCUCGACGUGCCGCACAUGGAGGCGCGCAUGGACUUCGAGCCGAGCUUCAAGGAGUUCUCCAUCAACCUUCACCCCUCCCAGGAGCACAUGAACCACGCCUUCAAGGACCUCAUCAGCUUCCUCAACUGGACCAAGGUCGCCAUCGUCUACGAGGAGGACUAUGGACUGUUUAAAUUACAAGACUUGGUGAAGGCGCCACCAGUCACACGAACUGAAAUGUACAUUAGACAAGCAAAUCCAAGCACAUAUAGACAAGUACUUAAAGAAAUUAGGCAAAAAGAAAUAUUUAAAUUAAUUGUAGAUACGAAUCCGCGACAUAUGUACAAGUUUUUUAGAGCGAUUUUACAAUUACAAAUGAAUGAUCAUAGGUAUCAUUAUAUGUUUACAACUUUUGAUAUUGAAACGUUCGAUUUAGAAGACUUUAAAUAUAAUUCUGUAAAUAUUACGGCAUUCAGGGUGGUCGAUGUUGAGAACACAAAAGUGGCCGAAACUUUAGACCAAAUGGAAAAGUUCCAACCGAUAGGCCAUGCCAUACUCAAUAAAAGUGGCGUUAUUCAGGCAGAACCAGCAUUUAUGUACGAUUCAGUGCACGUUUUUGCCAAAGGCUUGUCGGGGCUGAAUGAAUUAGCACCUGUCAAUUUAUCCUGUGAUCUAGAAACACCGUGGAAAAACGGUCUUAGUCUCUACAAUUAUAUCAAUUCGGCUAGCGUCAACGGCCUAACCGGUCGAAUAGAAUUUAAAGAAGGAAAACGAAGCAAUUUUAAAUUAGAUUUACUUAAAUUAAAAAAAGAGGAGCUGAGGAAAGUCGGUCACUGGACGCCUUUAGAAGGAAUUAAUAUUACCGACCCUACUGCCUUUUAUGAAUCUAGUGCAACUAAUAUAACUCUCGUCGUAAUGACCAGAGAGGAGCGGCCUUAUGUAAUGGUUAGAGAAGAUAAAAAUUUAACCGGCAAUGCAAGGUACGAAGGAUUUUGCAUUGAUUUACUAAAAACCAUUGCGACCCAAGUAGGUUUCCAUUACGCAAUACGCCUCGUGCCGGAUAACAUGUAUGGCGUGUAUGAUAAUGAAAAAAAGGAGUGGAAUGGUAUCGUUAGGGAAUUAAUAGAUAAGAGAGCAGAUCUAGCUGUCGCCUCGAUGACCAUCAAUUAUGCCAGAGAGAGUGUUAUAGAUUUUACAAAGCCAUUCAUGAAUCUUGGCAUUGGAAUUUUAUUUAAGGUUCCAACGAGUCAGCCGACCCGGUUGUUUUCGUUUAUGAACCCGCUGGCGGUGGAGAUCUGGCUGUACGUGCUCACCGCUUACAUCCUCGUCAGCUUCACCCUCUUCGUUAUGGCCCGCUUCUCGCCGUACGAGUGGAACAACCCCCACCCGUGCUCCAUCGAGUCCGACGUCGUCGAGAACCAGUUCUCCGUCUCCAACAGCUUCUGGUUCAUUACCGGCACCUUCCUCAGGCAGGGUUCCGGCUUGAACCCUAAGGCCACUUCAACGAGGAUCGUUGGUGCUAUCUGGUGGUUUUUCACGCUUAUCAUAAUAUCUUCCUACACUGCAAAUUUAGCUGCCUUUCUCACCGUCGAGAGGAUGAUCACGCCAAUAGAAAAUGCGGCCGAUCUCUCCGAGCAAACUGAAAUCUCCUACGGCACCCUGGCCGGUGGAUCUACAAUGACUUUUUUCAGGGACUCUAAAAUAGGAAUUUAUCAAAAAAUGUGGAGGUUUAUGGAGAGUAAAAAACCGUCAGUUUUCGUCGACUCGUAUGAAGAAGGGGUGGUUCGCGUCCUUGGAGGGAACUAUGCGUUCCUCAUGGAGUCGACGAUGCUGGAUUACGCAGUUCAAAGGGACUGUAAUUUGACGCAGAUUGGAGGAUUGCUCGAUUCAAAGGGAUACGGAAUCGCCACUCCCAAAGGUUCGCCGUGGCGGGAUAAAAUAUCGCUGGCCAUCCUGGAGCUGCAGGAAAAGGGGACGAUUCAAAUAAUGUACGACAAGUGGUGGAAGAACACGGGAGACGUCUGCAACCGGGACGACAAGUCCAAGGACUCAAAAGCCAACGCGCUCGGCGUCGAAAACAUCGGGGGAGUUUUUGUCGUCCUCCUCUGUGGAUUAGCGUUGGCAAUAUUAGUUGCCAUUCUAGAGUUCUGUUGGAACUCGAAGAAAAAUGCUCAGACAGACCGCCAAUCGCUGUGUUCAGAAAUGGCGGAAGAGCUGCGGUUCGCGGUGCGGUGCCACGGUUCGCGACAGCGGCCGGCCCUCAAACGGAGCUGCACCCGCUGCUCCCCCGCCACCACCUACGUGCCUGCCGCCCUCGAGCUACCCCUCCACCUCAACGGGGAAACGGCGAUAAUGCCGAUGGUGGAGAUGAAAAAAACUUCGCUGAGCUACGAGCCGGACAUCUAGCCCCUGCCCCUCCCCCCAUCGCGGGGCGAGGAUUCGCCGCUGGGCUCUGAUCAGAUUCCGACUCAUUUCAUCUGUUUCAGAUUCAACGAUGAGUCAUGAUAACGGUUCGCGGUUUCACCCGCAUCGUAAAUAUUUCAUCAACCGAGUCUGAAGUCCGCGGUGCCGCAGGAUUGCGACCUCUGCGCGGAAGUCCUCGCAGAAUAUCAUUGGCUAGAGCCGAUUUCACACGCUGAAAAUGGAGUCCUGAAAAUGGGUCAUCGGUGUCGCUGUUGAAUGUUGACCCUGGAAACCCAUAUUUAGGUCUUGUUCGCUUUAGACAAAAAAUGUUACGAUUUUUUUUACAAAUUCACAACUUUUUACAGUAUAACGAGUAACUUUACAACUCAGGCCGUCAUUUUAUGAACAGAAGUGAAAUGAUGACUGAUUAGUGACUAACCCCGAUCUCAUCGAUUGCUGAAAGUUAUGGCUCAUGUGAUGGUUACACGCUCAAAUUCCCAUCAAUUUCCGAUCAAAUGGUGACUAGUGCGAACCAUCUACCAU